AUGGGUUCUUUCGAACGUACUUCGUCCCCAGUCCUUACUAUGUCACCAAGUGCCGCUCACCAAGGCGCGUUUGGCAUGUCCCCCUUCUCGCAUCAUACUUCUCCCUUCAGCCGACCCAAAGCUUUCGGGGCCCCCUCUCCAUGGUCUCAGCCCUCUGGUAUGGCUCGUUCGACAGCUGGCCGAAAACGAUCGAGAGACGAGGCGGGCGUCAAUCUAGACGUCGAAGAGGUCAAACUCCAGACCAUCGAGCCCGUGAAAGAGCCCGAAGACGAAUGGGUAUAUGGCGAAGGAAUGGUCCUCAUCAAAUCUCCUUUGUCAUACGUGGCUGAUGCUGGAAGCCAAUCUGGCACUUGGCUUGAAGAGAAGACAGCCGCGGCCGAAGCCCGUAAAAAUGAGGAGGCUCGUGCCAUCAACCAACAAGAGCGACCAUCUCUACGAAGCAGCAAAUCACAACGACUAGAUAUGAACGCCAUCGCGGUCCCUGGGAUUGAAUCGCAGAUCAAUCGAUCCAGCCCAAUCCGUGACGUAGACCCUGCUGUAUCCACUCCCGGCCUCUCAGCGGACACAAGCAGCCAGCCUAUCAUCGACAACUUCACACUUCACCUCGGGAUUGGAUGGAACCGCAUCAGUGAGGACGAACACAUCCAAGCUGCUGCUCGAGGGUGGGCGAGAUACAUCGAAAAUCAUUUCCCCGUCACUAACGUCCGAAUUCAACUUGAGAGUAAAGGGCUUCAAUCCUACCUUGUCGAGGCUACGGAAGGCUUUUUCUUAUUUGCCGAGAACCUACGCCAGGGACAACUUGUUAGCAAGGAUCUAAACCGAACGUUCGCCAAUCUUAAAAUGUCUCCUCCCGUUUUUGAGGGACCAGAGGUCAUGUCUGCUGCGGAAUCCCCUAGGCCUAUCGAGGCCACGACUGCUCAAGAAGUUGUGAUGGCACCAACUUUCAGCCUCCCGCCAGUAUUCAUGAUCUCCCAACCCGACCAUUCUCUAACCCUCCGCGGCCCCUCCUCCGUCGUUUCGUCACGAACCGCCUCCCGCCCCCAUGCAUCCUCCCGUAGUAAGCGGUAUAACCGCUCCCACGCGGGCGGAAGUUCUUACGUUCCACAAAACGAAUUCCCCGUGUUUAGUCACUCGGGAGACGUCGAGAUAUUCAUAAUGGCUGGGGGGAGGGAGAACAGAUAUCUCCUACACAAACACACCUUGACAAGAUGUUCGGGAUUCUUUGAGGCGAGUACGAGCCAAGAGUGGUCCAAAGCGAGUUUGCUACCGUUACCCGAUACCUCUUCGAAAGAACUCACAAGGAUAGGAGAGGAGGGCGCUAGUAGCAGUGGAAGUGAGGUAGCUCGACCAGGGGCGAGCUCCCCUGUGCCGCGGAGAAGAUGGCGGUAUGAAUUAGAUCCUGGAACCGGAGGAGAUGAUGUGCCGAUGUUAGUACAGAAGGAGGCCAAUUCGUCAAGUGCUCCCGAACCUACGCAGCCAAAUUCUAUCUUUGGAGGUGGGAGUGUCGCCGCAAAUACCCCUGCCGCACGCAAGGCGAGCCAUUCACAUACGUAUUCCACGAGCUCAUUCUUCCGCUCCGUCGCAAAUCUCUCCCUUGCACCGACGAAACCAGACCCAGUCACACCGCUUUCCCAAGCCGACGUUGAUCUCCUCCGUGAUUACGACAACCUUUUCCGCAUUUUCUACAAUUACUCGCCGGUAUUGGAUAGCAUAAGCAUUGCCGAUGCUUACGUGCAGUGUAAGUCGCUGUUAACUCUAGCGGACCAAUAUGAUGCCUUGGCCGUCGUUGGACCCCGAGUCGACCACCAUCUAUUGCAAUUUCAAAGCAGGCUAUGGAAACAAAUCGCCAAGUAUCCUAUUAGCUACCUACGAUUGGGAUAUCUGAGUAGGAGCAAGGUCAUUUUCCAAGAAGCCUUGAUUCAUGUGGUUGGUCAAUGGCCCGCUGGAGAGCGUAGCAUUCGACAGUCGUUUCCAGAAAUCGUACUCGACAUCAUUGAAGACAAGGUAGACGAGCUUGAAGAGACUGUAUCCAGGAUCGAGGGUCGCCUCUUUCGCCUCAAUCUAACUAAUUCACGCGGCGAGCGUGUCACACCCAAUACGUCGUACCUUGACUGGCUUGCAGUAUCUCUCUUCCGCCAGUGGCUCGCGGAUAAUACAUCACCAGCGCCGGUGCCCCCUCCCAGCUCUUCCAGAGGGCAGCAACAUAACAGCGGCUCGGCCCGCGCUGCAGCCGUAGUUGCCACGGCAUCUACAACGCCAAAUCUCGCAAGCCUAGGUCGCACUUAUCGCACGUUGGGUUCAUUAACAGGGGCUGGUUAUUUAAGUCACGAUGACUGCAAACGAUUCCUCAAAUUAACGCCCGAUCUAUAUUCGCGUGAAAACCUACGACGGUUUGAGAAACGUAUCGACGAGCUCAAGUGUGCGGCUCGAGAGAUAGUUCGACCUCUUAUGGGUAGCGGGCUAGAACUAGAGCUGGAGCGCAGCGCUAUCAUGCCUGGUAAUGCUAGUGUCGGCGUUCCUAGCAUGUCCGUAAUUGCUAGUGGUAUGACUAGCUAUUUGACGUGCGUCCAAGUAAUGGAGAGGGAUUUGCCAUGGACUAUCGAGGAAUAA